GCCGGUUGAAACAAAAAACUUUAAAUGUUUAAUUUUGUACAAACCAUUUUCAAAGUGAUUCAGCAAUUGCUCAAAUAUUUAAGCGAUCAAAUCGCCAAGUCAAAUAAACAAAACAAAACCGGAAUUGAAAAGCCGGCAGCAGUAUAAAAAGCCGGCAAAAGUUUCAUGAUAAUAGAAAACAAGUUCGUUCGUUGACCACGAUGGUCGUAGUGAAAAUAGCUUUCAUUUUGUGUGUGGGUCUAGUGGGGAUUUGGGCCCACAGCCACCAGUCCAAGGAGCUGGAUGCGAAAUACAAUUGGUGGCAGCACGAGGUCUUCUACCAGAUCUAUCCGAGAUCCUUUCAGGACAGCAAUGGCGAUGGAAUUGGCGAUCUUCAAGGCAUUACUUCUAGGCUGCAGUACUUCAAGGAUACGGGCAUCACGUCCGUGUGGUUGAGCCCCAUUUAUGAGUCACCCAUGGUGGACUUUGGAUACGAUAUAUCUAACUACACGAACAUACAGCCGGAAUAUGGCACCCUUGAGGACUUUGACGCCCUGAUAGCCAGGGCCAAUGAACUGGGCGUCAAGGUGAUCCUGGACUUUGUUCCCAACCACAGCUCGAAUAAGCAUCCCUAGUUCAUUAAGUCGGUGGCCCGAGAGCCAGGAUACGAGGAUUUCUAUGUGUGGGAGAAUGGCACUCUCUUGGAGAACGGAACUCGUGUUCCGCCCAACAAUUGGCUGUCGGUCUUCUCCGGAUCCGCUUGGAUGUGGAACGAGGAGAGGCAGCAGUACUACCUGAGGCAGUUUACCUAUGGACAACCCGAUCUCAACUACCGGAAUCCCGCCGUGAUCAAGGCCAUGGACGAUGUGAUGCUCUUCUGGUUAAACAGGGGUAUUGCCGGUUUCCGCAUCGAUGCCAUUAUAUAUAUAUAUGAGGAUGCUCAACUGAGGGAUGAGCCUGUCAGUGGCACCACCGAUGACCCGAAUAAUGAGGCCUACUUGAGCCACAUCUAUACCAGAAACCAGCCUGAGGACUACGGUCUCCUUCAGCAUUGGCGGCAACUUCUGGAUAAUUAUACAGCUAGCCACGAGGGACCACUGAGGAUAAUGAUGACCGAGGGUUAUGCUUCGGUGGCCCAACUAAUGGAAUACUACGAGGAUUCAAAUGGUGUUCAGGGUCCCGAGUUUCCCUUCAACUUUGACUUCAUCACCGAACUGAAUGCUAAUUCGACAGCUGCGGACUUUGUCUUCUACAUCUCCAGGUGGCUCAUCUAUAUGCCACAUGGUCAUGUGGCCAACUGGGUGAUGGGAAAUCAUGACAAUCCGCGAGUGGCAUCCCGAUUUGGUGAGAAAUCUGUGGACGCCAUGAACAUGCUGCUGAUGACAUUGCCUGGCAUUGCUAUUACCUAUAAUGGUGAGGAACUGGGCAUGACUGACUACAGGGACAUCAGCUGGAGCGACACGGUGGAUCAGCCCGCUUGUGAGGCUGGAAUCGAUAGCUACAACACAAUCUCUAGAGAUCCCGAGCGUACUCCCAUGCAAUGGAGCAGUGAUCUCAAUGCUGGAUUCUCCUCCGCCAAUCGCACUUGGCUGCCUGUCAAUCCGAAUUAUAAGGAACUCAAUCUGCACAAUCAGCAGCAGGCAAGACGAAGUCAUUACAAAAUCUAUCAGUCGCUUCUGAAGCUCAGGCAGAUGCCAGUUCUAAGGAACGGCUCCUUUGUGCCCGAAGUGGUUAAUCGCAGGGUGUUCGCUUUCAAGCGAGAACUGAAGAACGAGCACACUCUGCUGACCAUUGUGAACGUGCAGAACCGCACCGAACUGGUGGACAUCGCGGACUUCAUCGAUCAACCCAAUCGACUGGUUGUCCUUGUGGCGGGUGUGGACUCGCCACAUCGGAUGGGGGAACGACUGAAGGCCGAGGCAAUUGAGUUGGCGCCCAACGAGGGAUUAGUUAUUCAGCUGAAUAAGCGAAAGUAAGCGGCGGCGAACUACUUGGCAUUCCACGUUAAAGUACGAGAAAACUUUCCAUUUGCCAGCGAGCCGUGCUUUUCUAUUUUCGUAUUUAAAUGUAUCUUACAGGGGUCAUCUAAUCGAGUUUCCAUUUCAUUUGACAGCGAAACACAUUUACAUUUGCAUUAGCGCAUUGCAAACAUUUUAAUUGAAUUGAGAGCACUUGGUGUCGGACCUUCUACUUCGUCUACUUCUCACUUUGGUUCACUUUCCCUACUCUUUGCCCUCGACUUUGAUUCAAAGUCGUAAUUCAUAAUUGUCGUCAGGUUUUUGGGCCCUUUUUGGGGCUGUGGCAGCUGAUAAAUUGUUGCCGAACUUAAUUAAAUUUCCACUUAGCGCUGUUUGACGACCUUAAA